UCCCUCCAGCAGCAUCCAUCCACAUCCAACGUGAACUGUGCUCCUCCAACUGAAUACUGAGGAAGUCUUCGCUCCUUUUGACAAUCUACUGCAGUAAUAUCUUGGGGAUUCUCUGAGGAACAAACCCAGAUACGUAUUUUGACAAUGAAGGCUGCUAUUGUUUUCGUUCUGCUCUUUGCGACUGUCCUGUGUCGCCCGGGGAAACGCUUGUCUAGCAGCAGUUCAGAGAGCUCCGAGGAGCUGGUAAAACCUGGUUCAGUGCUUAAAAAAGCCUUGGAAAUACUCAGCGGUGUUGCACCUCUACAGGAAGUUGAUCCUACUCUAGACCCAACGACAAACAGCACAGCAUCAACAGACAGCACAGACAGUGAUGAAAGCGAUGAAAGUGAGGAAAGCACAGAUAGCACCAACAGUGCAGACAGCGAUGACACAGAUGAGUCCAGUGAGUCUGAAGAACCAGGAACCAGCUCCCCGACAUCUGAGCCCACCGUGGAGGCGACCCUGGCUCCCUCCACAACCCCCGUCUUCGACGGCGGUCGUGGGGACAGCAUCGGCCACCCCGGUGACUACAAGAAGUCCAUCAUCUACGCGGACACCAACAACGUAGAGAAGGGGAUGUCCCCGUACAAAUCUUACGGAAAGACCGACAACGGGAUGUACGCUGGAAAGAAGGUGUCUGUCUACAACACUGGGCUGGGAAAUGAGAUCGAGAAGACGAUGACCGUGUUCAAGGCCCUGCAGGUACACGAUCUGAUGGAGGAAGACACCAGCACUCCGGAAGUGGAGAGCCAGGGUCUGGAUGCCACCAGCGGGACGGCCGGCGAGCCCGUCCUGCGCCAGGCCCACGUUGACCAAGCCAGCCAGGACAACUCACCGUCUGAGAGCCUGGACGAGGGGGACGCAGAGAGCGCCAGCGCCGGCGAGCCGACGAGUAACAGUUCCAGCAGCCCCAGCAGCAACAGCAGCGAGGAGACUACAGGCACGCCCGGGGCGGAAGACAGCGACUCGACCGAGAGUCAGGAGAGCGACAGCGACUCGGCCGAGGAGGCGAUCACCGAGGCCCCCGUCGCCACCGACACUCCCGUCGUCAUCACUGCCAAGUAACGGCCUCUCUCAUCCCGCUGCUGUCGACGGUAAAGAAUGACCCCCGGAACAGGAAGGUCACCCCUGCCAUAGGUGGUCGGAGAAAGAAGACAAAGGAACAGAGAUAAGCACAACUCUGCCACUAGGGUCUGAUACAGUAUGUCAAUGAUACCUGGUAACAUUAAUACUGUCAUGACAUACAUUGACCUGACUGUCAAUUUUGUUCAAUUGCACAAUUAUUUACACUACUUGUUGUUUGUCUUAUUUUAACUGUAAUAAUGCAUAAUGUUGUAACAUUUCUAAAUAAAUACAUUUUUCUUUUCUUAAAAAAACCAAGAAGAUUCUGUUAUUUCACAUAUCAAUAUUUUGUUGUGCCUGCUGUGCCACUAAAUUCUCGUGAUGUGCAGAGACUCAUCAACUGUGACGUAUAUCACAGACUGCUGAAAACAUUCCCAGGGAG